UGAAUACAUGCUGAGCUGCUGGGAGUUUAAGCACCGCUUGCAAGAACUCCAAGAUGAUGACAGCUAAGAAUUGAAUCAUGGGGAAUUGAAGAGAUAAAUGAGAGGGAAAUAAUCCUGCGCUUCGAGCUUCUGUUACCGGAGGCCUAUUGAUUCAGACUUGAACAUGACAUGUCCAUGUCACAGCCUGUGCAGAUAAGGACCAUUGCACUGAACUGGCCAAAUCAGCAUCAUGACUGAAGAGACAAAACAGUCAUUGGCUGCCAAAGAACUGGAUAAUGAGUCCAAACAGCAGGAUAAGAGGGCUGUGGAGCACAAAAGCUUAAAAGAGACCCCUGAGCACUUUCAAAAUGUGAGUUUGGAGCAACAGGCAUUGAACAAUCUUGCAAAGUUUGCAGAAAAAGAGAGGGACAGCACGCAGCAACGUGAGGCCAUUAUUCGGCCACAGCAGGCAGGAAAGAUUGAUUUUAAGUCACUGCAAAAUCAUUCGUUCAGCAGCAACAGGACAUGGCCUAGUGGUAAGGACAGCCCUCAGUCACCCAGUGGCAAAAGUCGGAACAGAGACAAAAGUAGAAAGUCUGGGAAAGCAGAGCGUGGCAACCCACAGCAGUUAUACAGAUUAAAUAUUACAAAUCCACGCCCAAAUCCCACAAUCGGAAUAGCUUAUCCACAGCAGAAAGUGUCACCUCCAAAGAAGCUUGAGUCUAGCAGGGGCCCUGUCUCAGGCAGCUAUCGGUUCCACGUGCCAAGUAUUCCAGAGCGAGAGGCCGAACUGCAACAGGAGGAGCUAAACUACAACCGAUGCUUCCAGGAGAGCUCCCCCAACCUUACUCCUCAAGGCUACACCUCACAGAUAGUCGGCUCCACACCUGGAGGGCCUGCUCUCCAGAAUGAACCACCCACCCCACAACAGCAGCAACAGAAGACCAACCCAAUCGAGUGCAACAGCACACAACCUAGCAAUGAAAAUAUAUUUCCUGACUUUCAAUUGAGUGAAACAGACACAUGGCAGUCUCCAGAUAGGACUUUCAGAAACACAAGUUUUGGUGUUACUUCACUAAAGCAGACCAACCUUUUGGACUUGAACAAGGCCAAUGUUAGUUUUAUGCCUUUGCCAUUUCAGUAUGGAUUCCCAUUGUUAGAGGAGUCAGCACCAGAUCCCUUUCCAUGUGAUCCAAAUUCCCAGUCCCAAGACUAUAUUAAUAUUUCUAAUCAGGUUUCCCAUAAUCCAUUUUCCUUUCAGUCCUCUGGGGAAGGGAUUAAGGUCAUGCAAACUAGCACACAGUUUGGUAAUGACCAGAUAGAGGACAGACGGUCAUACCCAUUACACCUUAAAACACCCCAUUACAUGCAGACUCCACUUGGUGUGCCUCCUUCUGUCCCAGCAAAUAAUGACAGCCCACUAUCAGGCACUCGCCAAACAGAUCAGAGUAAGAGUUUUCCAGAUAAAUGUGAUUCUUUUAGCACAAUAGACAGCCGGGACACCGGCCUUGCAUUAGGGGGCAAGAGAGACUGCCAUCACAAAAAUGGCACCAGUAGCCAGAGAGUUCUUAUUCAAGGCAGUGUCCAUCAUAUUAGGAAUAAUGCACAAGAUUCUAAUUCCCAGAUACAUGUAAUUAGUCCUCCACAUAAUGGUGUUCAUGUUGGCCCAGUGCCUGUUGACAAAAGUGUCAGUAAACACCACAACAGCAGAGUAUUACACCCAUGGGAAGGACAAAACAAAGCCUUUCCACCACCUCUCAUAGACCCGACUCCAACACCAUACCCCUAUCAGUACCAGCCUGCACCAGAACAAAGACAAAACAUUGGCAUCAAUGGCUGUUUGCCUUGGCAGCAGAUACACCUCACAACUGCCAUGCCCAAACAAAACAGGAUUGGCCAUUCCAGGCAACUGAGCAAUCAGCAGCUAACUUUUUUGGUAGGCCCAUCAGACUGGCAAGAUGAUAGUAAGCAACACAAAAAUAGCAACCAAAAAAGUUCUAACAAAUUUCUCAACAAAAAGGCAAAUGAGGGCUUCUCAAAUCAAAGGCAAGAUAGUGUCAGCCAAGGUUGCAAUACAAUUCCACCCUGUCGUUUCACAAAUAAAGUGGACACGAAUCAAGAACAGGUGUGUGAUGCCAAUAAUAAGUCAUUGUGCUUUGGCAUGAACCAGGCAAUUCCUGUGACUUCAUCAAGAAACUAUACCUACACUCCACUACAUGUAGCACCCAUAGGGCUAAAGAUGGUGUCUCCAUAUGACUCUCCUUCACAAUCACCCACUCAAAAUCCAGCCUCUAGUAGUACAUGCUCUUCACUUUCACCAGCCUCCACAAACUCUGUAAACAGUAACUCUGAUGACAGCCAAAUUUCAAAGGUUCUGUCCCCUCAGUUUUAUCACCAGCAACAGGAUAAAGCAUUGAUAUCAUCCAAUAACCUAAUAACUACUAAUAACACUAAACAACACCAUUACAAUUCUGACACAUCCAGAGGCUUACACUAUAAACAAGACAGUGCCAAAGAGAACAUUAUAAGUUUCAUACCAAAUAACAGGCAUUCAAAGCCCUCUAUGGACAAUGGGAAAGGUUGUUUAGACCCUAACAGAACAGAUCACCAUCCUCCACCUUCAUACUCUGCCCAUCAACUACUCGCCACGUCAUUAGCCACAGCCAACCUUGACCAACUGGAUGUGCUUUUGACAUGCAAGCAAUGUGAUCAGAAUUUUAAUAAUCUUGCCUCUUUUCUUGACCACAAACAGUACUGUGGACAUCAUACUUUUGCACAAAAUGACUUAAAAGAUGUGCCAAAAAUGGAGGACACAAGGACAUUUCAGACAGACCACACAAAAGCAAUGUCAUCUGGAUCCAGUUAUGCAAUUUUACAGAGCUCUUCCGAUUUGCAUCUGUCACUGCUUGGACUUAACAAGAAUGGGGACAUAGUGCCAGAUAAUGAAACCAAAGGAGAUAUAAAAGAUGAUCCAAUGAAACUGAUGCUACCAUCUGCAUCCUUGCCUGACUUAGAGAUGGAAGAUCCCAAAUUGGAUAGCCUUAUCACAGAGGCUUUGAAUGGUUAUCAGUCAGACAAUGCAGAGAUUGAUAGCAGCUUUAUUGAUGCAUUUGUUGAUGAUGAUCUCACCACUACUAAAUGUACAUCAACAAGACAGAUUCUGACAACUAAAGAGUCAACAAUAUUUGAAGGUAGGACUAACAAUGAGUCAACGUCCAGUGAAAAACCUCAAGCGCAUGGCACUUAUCCAUUUGACUCAAAUUUGGACAGCCUUGGUUCUGACAGCAAACACAAAGACAGCACUUUCAAAGAAAAUCAAAUGUCAAUGCAAAAUGAGGAAGGCCUUCAAAUGGAAACCUUACCAACAGAGUCAAAGUUACAAGAGUCCAGCAAACAAAUUGAGUGGGAAGCAAAGUCAGGAAAAACAGACCAGGAAAGUAAUUAUGGUUCCAAGUUCCUAUUAUCAAGUAAAUUUUCUGCAAGAUGUGGGCUUAAAAGCUUGCAAAGCCACACAGCAUUAGUUAAAACAACAUGUCCUAAAUCCACCUCUGCCACCAAAAAUCCUACAGCUCAGAAACCAAUAACAACAGAGGCGAAAAGGAAAAGGUCCAGUGGUGGAAGCUGGAGUAAAGAGCUAAUUCACAAAAUUGUUCAACAAAAAAACAAGUUACACAAACUGCAUGUAAAAGGCACUAAAAACAUGCAAUUUUCACUUGUGAUGGAAAGAGUGACUCCUGCAGUGCACAACCCUACUUUUAGAGAGUAUGACUAUGUUUCAGACUCAGAUGAGGACUGUGAGCCUGUAAAGAUAGCCAGUCAGGGGCGCCUCAGCAAGAGCAUUCGCUGCAAGUACACUUACACUAAAGAGUGCAAGGGGAGGAUUCUUGCUGACAAGAGCCAAGAAAGUUCAUGGAAACAAAACAAAAAUGAAUGCUCUGAACCCAAGAAAGCUUUGGAUGCCUCCCCAGCUUUGAUUAAAGAAAACCCUGGUCACCAAAGGCUGCGAAGAAGAAGCAGUAGGUCUUCCACAAGCAGUGAACUCAGCACAUCUUUAAGUAUCUGUAGUGAUAGCAUUAGCAGCCCCAAAAGUACUGAUCAUACAGAUUCAGAAUCUGAGAAAAGAAUGGAAGUACAAAGGAAAGAUCAGGACUCCCUUGAGCAGAAUGGUUACGAAGACUCUCCGCCAAGGAUACGGAAAGAGUCAAGCACAUCACUGGCUCUGACAUUCACAAAAAAUACAAAAAGGUUCAGCACUGAUAAGAUAUUACUCACUGAACACAAGGAUGGGUUCACUACUUCAAAAUGCUCAAGCAUUAUCUGUAAGACUGAAAAGACUGCAUCUGAGCAUACGAUGACCAAAAGCACAGUCAGCCUUGCAAGAUUCAAAACCACCCGAGUGGAAAUAGAGGGAAAAGGGAACCACUACGGUUUUGAGACAGGAAUCAGUGCAACCACAGAAGAGCCUUUCAAAAAAGAUUAUCCAAAAAAUAUCACAUCACCCAAAGGGUCUGGCAAAGCACUGAAUCCAAUGGAAACCACCAACAAUAGGGACUCAAGCCAUGCUUUUAAACUCAGAAAAUAUAUUGUUACAUCAAAGGAUAAAUCCCACAAAAAGAGAACAAGCAAUUCUGAAUCCACAGUGCCCUUUUUAGAGACAAAUUGCAAUGACAAUCCACCCAGUGAAGAAGCCAAGAAAAGCUCAAGUGAUCUAUUCUCUGAACCCCCACCUCUUUGCAAUUCACUCAUGGAUAAAGUGUGUUUAUCACCUCUAAAACCCCAUGAUACUUCUGCACAGAAACAUGGGCAAUGUUUCAUGCCUUACACUUCAGAACAUGAUCAGAGUCUCAUAAAGUCACCACUUACUUUUGACACAACAUCAAUGUUUGGUGACCUAUCAGUGGGAGGUUUUGAGAAUAAUCUUUAUCCAGAGAUUCAGCUUGCCAAAGAGAGCUUUAGUCCUUUGGAAACCACUACAGAUAAGAAGGAACUGUUUGAAUCAUCAUUCUCGCCACUCUUGGAGCGGAGAGAUUGGAAUCUGAUGGUUGAUGUUACUUCUGAGCUUCCAGAUGUGAUUUCACAGUGUAAAGAGGACUCUGACUCCACUGAGAAUAAGUCAAAUUUUAACCAUAUACCCUUCUCUUUGCCUGAAAAAUUAAUGGACUACAAUCCAAAUCUCAACAGCAAUGUGUUAGUUGAUGAUCUGGAAAUAAAAAGAAUUGUUACAGAGCUUGAGAGUCAGCUCCAAACAGCUGAGCUAAGCAGCCCGCCACCAUUAGACAGUGAGCUGACAAAACAGCUGACCAUGGGCAAAUACUCUCCACUGAGACUUGACCCUGAAAGUGAAAAUGAAGACAAUACCUUGGAGAUGAACUGUCCCUCAGAAAACUUACCGAUUACUGCAUCAGUAGACUCACAAGCUCCGAUGUUGCCAGAACCUGACUUACCAUGGUCAAGCCCCCUCCAGUUUGGGUUGAUGUGUGUUCAACAAGGUCUUCAUACUCCAACACAUUCCUCUACUAUCAACACACCAAAUGAUUCAGGACAUGAUCAUUUGGAUAUAAAGGACACCAUGGGGCUGACUGAUCUGAACACAACAAACUACCCACCUUUGCAUCUAGAAGACAAAACUGAGAGGAGCGAGUUUUUGGACACUGUCACCACAAGCAAGUCAGAAGAGAUGCUAGAACAUGAAAUGUACACAGAAAAUCUGAUGAAGAGCCUGGAAGUGAUCUCAGAUUCAUUGUCUUCAGGGUUUACAUCACCUCAGUCAUCACCUAAUCAAGAGUCUGAGGUUCUUGAGGUGCAUGAAAAACCAGACAAUGAAAACUCAGAACACAAUGAUGAGUCUAAAAAAGUGGAAUGUAAAAACUCAGAAGUAGAUCUGACAAAGUUCUCUGUGGAGACAAAUACUUUUUUAGAUAAACUGGAAGAGUCAUCAACCAAUGACAUUGUCGGGUCACAAUCAAAAAAUGGAACAAAAGACAGCCUUGUGGAGAGUAGUAACAUGACUCUUUGCAAUAGUGAAUUAGUAGUUAAUAAACAACAGCUUGCUGAGAGCUCCUUUGAGAUUCUGCAAACUAAAUGCUGUGUGGACUCAUCGAACAACCUUAACUCACUGAAGUCUGUAGUCUCUAUUUAUGCACAACAUUGCAAGUCUUCUGUCAACCAAACUGAGAAUGCUGAGAAUGAAAGACUGUUUCAUGUAAAAGACAUAAAAGACUUGAGUUCAGUCUCCCACCUCUCAACAUCCCCAGCCAUACUAAAAGAAAUGCAAAAAUAUGAUGCAGAAAAGUCAGUUCUAAUUGUGGUGCCAGAACCCAUUUAUGAAGAGAAUCUGCAAACAUGUGACAAAAUAAGGGGAACAACAGACAGUCUCUCUGAUGCAGACAUCCAGCCAUUGCUUUCAAACAAAAAGUCUCCUUGCAGUGAGGACAAUUUGUUAACACCUUCACAACAUAGUGUGAUUUGUGAAAUUACACAACAGGUGGCUUCUCCUAGACAUCUUCCUGUGGGUCAAGAUGACCAUGACUGUACAGACAGUGUGAAAAGAUCCACACAUGAUAUGAUAUUGUAUCUUGCACCAGAAUGUGAAGAGAAUCAAGAAAACAACAUUAAUCAUAAUCCUGAUAUUCUACCUGUGACUCAGCACCCACAGUUUUCUCACAACUCUGUCCAAAGCCCUUCUGAGCUGAGAAACAACAGUCCACUACCAAAUGGCUUGAAUUAUUUUAACACAGUUAGUCCUGUGCUGAGUAAAAAUAGACCAGCCCUGGAAGACAAAAACUCAGAGAACAUAAAUAUUGGAACGUCAGAAGAUGCUUUUGAUUCAGCCGCUACAAGACAAGAUAAUUCAUUUAUUCCCCAUCUGGAUUUAGUAGAAAUCACAGAGAGUAAAAUGUCUAGCCCUGGAACACUGUUGGCUGUGGGCAGCAUCUCAAAACAGUCUUUUGAUGAGACUUCUGUGUAUUCUGAUGCAUUGGAUGUCUCUCAACAUAAAGGUUUACUGUAUGAUUUGAAGCCAAGCCCAACACAUUACAGUGAAACAUGUUCCAAUGACUACAACUUCACCUCUAAAUGUGUAAACAAAGAAGCUGACCAGUCUGAAAUAAAAUCAUGCUCCACAGACAAUUUCAUUCUCAGUUCAUGUGCACCACCUCUUGAUAAAUCAUUGCCAUCCAGCCCACUGCAUAAUGAAAAUGGACAAGGUCCAGAUAUUCAGGGUCACUUGAUUGGACUUGACAUAACAGAAACCUCUAUAAAUGACAAUACUGACCAAAAUGAAAACAAAUAUUCACUUGUCUCAGCUACAAGCAGUAAUUAUGUUGAGGAGGUCACUCCAGUUGACUCUGAACUAUCAAAACUUCACCAAAAUAACACGAAUGGAGCACUGUUGCAGAGAUUCACUAUGCCAGAUGUUAAAAAGACACUUAAACCUCUGAUAGAUCUUACAUGCCCACCUGUCCAAAGUGAGACAAAAAUCUCACAGAGAAAGGAUGGUACACAAAAUGCAGUUCAAGAAAAAUUUCUGUGUGAAAUAUGUGAAAUGUUCUUUCGUACUCUACCUGGACUUAAAAGACACAAAGCCAUGAAACAUGUGGUAAAGGCGGAAAGGAUUACACCCAUUAAAAAUUUAAAUAUGGGCAGUCAAUUGUUCAUACCCAUUUACCAUAUGUCACACCCAGUGGAAAAGGUGCUGACAGACAGCAUAGAUGAUAUAGGUCCAACAGUUUUUUCACAUUCCAACAGAAGUGAAAUCUCAGUUAGACAAGGACAGAAAGCAGAUCCACCUCUGGUUUUUGAAAAAAUAGCAAAUGAAGCUGAUGAGUCAAACAUCCCAGAAAGUCAUGUUAUGGAUCGGGCAACAUGUGUAAAUGAAAAAGCAAAUAACAUCAGCAAAGUAAGAAAUAAAAAUACCAUCGACAUCAGCAAUGAAAUGUUUGACCCAAAACUUGUAAAGCAAGACUCUUUUUCAGAUGAAGUACUCAGUGUGCUUAAGACAGAUAUAUUGAAGGCUAUCUCUCCAGAUUUCUCCUCAAUAGUGCAUAAAAACUGUCCAAAAUCACCUGAAAAUCAGGGCCAAAAUAUCCAUAGCUAUCAGGACAAAACUGUGAGUGAGGAGCAGAAAAGCAUUGGAACUGUAAGCACCAAAGAGCAAAAGAAAGAAACUUGUAUAGAACAUUCCAAAUUGUAUGAGAAAGAAGUUACAUGUGAUGAUGUUGUGACAAAGUAUUGCGAUAUUAAACCGAAAUAUCCUCACACAGAAGAGAUAAACUUCCCAGUUGUGGAUUCUACUGUGGAUGUCAAGCAUGAGAACAGUUGUUCUCUCACAGAAGACAGCCAUACACUUACUGGUUCUCCAGGACUAGGACCUGAUCUGAAGGCUUUCUUAGAUGAUGAAAGCACUUUUUCUCAGUUAUUCCCAAGAAAUUAUGACAGGAAAAGGAAGAAAUGUUCAAAAGUCUAUGGUAAAAGCAACAAAAAGCCAAAACAACUAUCCUGUUUACUUCUAGACUAUCCUCCCACUAGUGUCUUUAUUGAUAAGUGCGAGGAGUUCAAAGAAAACAAGAUGGGCCAAACGUUUACUAAUGACACAAAUGACCAUUGUGAAUAUGAAACAAUAUCAAUUGAUGAUGCUAAAAUGCAUGAGAUGUGUCACAAAAGCUCAGUCAACAGCUGUAUAGAGAGCGCUUGUCACUCAAAAGAUGACUUGAUGGAUCAUCAGACUGGAUGCGAGGCAACUGCAGAAACUGGCAUUACUGAUGACACAAUUAGACAACCCUUAGUGCAUCAGGAUGAAUCACAAGGCACAGUCACAGAGAACACAGAGUCGACAGUUUCUCAGGAAGAUUGCAUACCAGUGAUUCCAGCUGCAGCUUACCCUCUCCAACUGGUCCAAGAAAAUGCCUCUCACUCCCCUGGCAUUAAGAUCCCUAGCCUUGACACUUCAAUUCAGCUUUCUCUACCAUUUUAUGAGACUGGGAGGGAUAUGCCAGUGGUUGAAACCAUUGGAAGCACUGAAUUUAAAGAUCCUUUAAAACCCUGCAAAAAAACUACAGAGCGGAAGUGCAGAAAACGCAUUGAACCUGGAAUGAAACCCAAGGAUAAGCAGUACAAAUGCAAGGUGUGUUUCACAUGGUUUCUCACCUUAGGUGAACUGGAUUUCCACAAACUCUCUCAUAACCCAUCACCUCCCCCAACUUGCUAUAUGUGUGUCCAGCGCAAAUUUAGCUCCCGUGAACAGCUUCGGGACCACCUCAGAGAGAAGCAUGCCAAGAAAAAAGCAGGCGUUUGGACUUGUGGCAUGUGCUUGAAAGAAAUCUCAGAUGUCUGGAUGUACAAUGAACACUUGCGAGAGCAUGCCACACAGUUUGCGCGAAGAGGACAAUCUCAGAGUUCCCUCUUGGAUGUGCCAGGGUGUUUUAUGCAGGAAAAUGCUGUGAAAAACUUUAUAUCUUCAAUUAUGCUGCAUCGACCCAGCAAGCAUGCAAAAGCAGACAAUGUUAAACCUUCAUCUAAUGAACAGAGAAGAGCUUCUUUAGAUGUAAUUGAGCAAGAGAUGAAGAUUCCAGAGGAGGUCGAUUUCACAGGUCUGAAGACUAAAAUGAAUAUUGGGGGAGGAGGUAAACAUUGCGCACUGACAAUGCUUGAGGUUUUGCCUAAAGCAGAGACUUCUUCAAAAAAUGCUGAGAUACAUCCUAAUUGCAAAGAUCCAUCAAGGGACUGUCAUCACUGUGGCAAACAAUUUCCAAAGCCCUUCAAACUUCAGCGGCACUUGGUCGUUCACAGCUUGCAAAAGAUUUAUCUGUGCCACAAAUGUCCAGUAUCCUACCAAGAAGCAAAGGAGAUUAAAGAUCAUAUGAAAAAAGAGCAUGAGGAGACGGAUGAGCUAGACUCAAAACAUACAACGCUGUAUACUUGUGAACUAUGUGCAGAUGUCAUGCAUGUAAUCAAGAAAUCCUUCAUAUGUAGUACCUGCAACUACACCUUUUCCAAGAAGGAACAGUUUGACCGCCAUAUGGAGAAACACCUUACUGGAGGAAACAAAAUCUUCAAGUUCAGGGGAGUCGUAAGACCUUGCAAGCCUUUUAAUUCAAAUGUCAAUAAAUCUGACAUGCCACCGAGCAAGAAGAGGAAGGCAACCGUGAGCAGCUCAGACAAUGGUUUUGUCGCCAUGCCAUCGCUCAGCUUAAACAAGAGUACUGACAUGCAAGGCAUCAUGUCAAUGUUGCCCAUCAUAGCAGACACUCCACAGAAUAGUAAUAAUGUGCAUUCUGCUGAGACAAACAAUACCAGUGUGAAAAUUGAAGAUGAAGCUGAGGGCUUCCCUGAGGUCUCCAGGAAUAUUACGCAGUGUCCAACGCCAACAAACUCUGCUGAACAAAGUCUUCUCACAACAGAGCUGAAGAAAGAGGAUGAAAGCUGCUCCCCAUCUCAUGAAAUCCAAGAGUGUGAGACCAGGGUUGUCAAUACAAUUGAUAAAGAAGCUCUGACAGAGAUUUGUGACAUUAAAAUGGAAGAUGACUGUAGUGCAAUUCCGACUACAUUGCUAGCUUCAGAAAGAAACAUUAUCGAAAGCAAUACCCAAUAUAGCGGAGACACAGAGAAGACAAAUACAUCUGUAAACUUUGAAAAUGGAAGUGAACAGGUGGAAACAAGGGACUCAAAUCUAUGCACAAUACAAGUGUGCAGUCAAACAAAUGUAAACCAAACAAAACAAGACAUACAAGGCCUCUUAUCUUGCAAUGAUUUUGACCUCUCUUCUGAGAAGCAGUCUUCAAAUGAGACAAACCAACAGAAUUCAUUUAACAUCAAGAAAAAUGAGAAUAAACAAGUUGUUCACACAGUGCAGAACAGUGAACAGCCAUCUAUUCAUCUGGUUAAGCGCAUAACUGUGACCAAGUCUACGGACAAUGUGAAACAAGGUCUUGAAAAUAACCCAAGAUGCCUUAGUACAACUGAUGUUGCACUUCACACCAACGUCUCUCACAGCUCAACUCCAAGUGAAGACAAGGACUCGAUAAAGCAACAAAAGAAAAGAAAAGAACUAAAGUCACCACACAGUUCUCAAAGAACACCAUCCCCAACUGCAAGGGAAAAUCUUGGCAUUGACCAAAGGGUCAAAAAGAAGUUCAGACCCAAUAGGUGUGAAAACAUUGAUGGACAAAGAAAAAAUGAUCUUCCCAAUGACUAUCCAGUGCUUACAUCAGUUAAGGAUGACACAGUCAGCAAUAAAAUCAUCUCCAAGCACAAAAUAGGGUCUUCUAAUCUGGGCCUUCACCUAAAGAAAGGUUCAGUUAAUAGUUUUUCUCAAAAAAAGGUGGAGAUCGUACGUCACUUCAAUGGGGAUUGCAAAGGGAAAAAGAGUGUUCCUGGGGGACUCAUGCAUUCCCCUUCUUCCAGGAUGUCAACCCUGAACAAUUCAUUUAAUAAAUCACGGCUCAAACCAGGGGUCAGAUCAAUAGAGACUCAGUCAUAUCGUACUGCAGAGUCACAAAACAACCUCCUCAGCCAGCUGUUUGGCCAAAGACUGACUAGCUUUAAAAUUCCUUUAAGGAAGGACACUUCUGAAUCUAUUAAUUAAGGAUUAAAUGGAUGCUAUUAACAAGGAGGUAAUUAAGUGAGCCACUGGGCAUGUGAUUAAGGCAGUUUAUUCAUGAGAUUAGGAUAGUAUGACCCUCCUCUGUGAAAUAAUUUAACUCCUUGUUUAGUCACUUUAUUGCAUUCUACUUGUAAAUGUGUAUUUACAUAUAUGCAAAGACCAAUGACAAAAUAUAUAAAUAUAGGAUGAAUUUGUUGGUUACAAAUAUGUUUAUUUUCUCUAUUUUAUAGUUGAGCAUUAUCUCUAAGAGACUGUAUUUCAACAACAACAAAGAAAAGUUUUUUGGGAAAAAAGUUUACUUGAAAAUUAACUGAAAAUAUUUGUUUUCCAAAUAAUGCAUGACACUUUUAUAUUCAUAAUAGGUUCUUAAAUGUUUUCCAAGCAACAGGACCAAAGGACAUCCUAAGUCUGGAUCAUGUCAGUGUGUCUAUUUUAUAUGCUUCAGAGAAUUACUCUUUCAUACUCUUUUACUUUAUUGUAUUGCAGAGACACUUAUUAGUAUUCGCUUUUGUAUCAUCACUAAUUGGUGCUAUAUUAUUAUUAUAUUAUUAUUUGUGUACUGUGAACACAAUGUCUUAUAACUGAAGGUAACAUGUAGCAAUUAUAUAAUCAAAUCAUUGCUGGUACUCAACAGUUUUGGAGGAAAUUACAAAAACAAUUGCUGUGCAAGUCAAUCAAAAGAAAGGGUUCAUAUGUGUCCUAAUCUUAUCAUAGGUGGGCAAAGGAAAAGCCUUUUCUUUUCCAAAACUGAAUUUAGUUGAAUUUAAUCUAUAAUAUGAACUCAGGUGCUAAAGUCAUCAUUUGCUCAUGAAACCCUUAGGAAUUCUUCCCAUGCACUGAUGUUUUCAUAAAAAUAAAAAAAAAAUAACCAUCUAUAUAUCCCCCAGUUCUUUAAUUAUUCAUUUUUUCCUAGAACGAAAAGGUGCUUUAUCAUGUUUAUAUGUAUCUUAUAUUGUAUAAUAUUGUAGGUAGAUUAUUUCCAGUGCAAUGCAUUAUGUCAAAGUUCUAUUUUAAUAAUGUGCAAAAGAUGAAGAGAACAAGAAAGGGAAAUACAAAGCCUACUAAAGGCUGAUGAGUGGAUCACAAAGUGCAUCAUAUAAACUUUGUAAUUAAAAACUUUGCAUCUACUGCUUUUGUUUCUAUAUCUUUUAUGAUGGUCUGCUUUGUUUAAUUUUAAAUGAUCUACUGCAUAAAAUAUUUGCCCAUAUUUGCUUGGAAUAAUAAAUACUAUAACAAGAAUUGCUUACAAUUGUUAAUCCAGGGAGAAAUUAUCAUUAAUUAUCAUUAAUCUUCUUGCAAAACACAAUGUGAAAUAAUAACCUAAGUGCAGCAUGUGUGAUAAGAAAUGGGUGAAUAUGAAACGGAGAAGAGCUUUGAUGUUUUAGUCAGUCAAGCACUACAUUGCAUCCUUUGAAUACAAAUUUAAUGAUCACAUUAAAUUGACAUCAAAAUGAAAAGGUGAAGAUCACAGUGGCAUCAAUGGCUGACAACCUGUUUUAGAA